AUGAAUAUGAUUAAAGUAGGUCCAGUUGGAGGAUAUGGUGUACGCAAAAUUUCAACAAUUUGGGAUGAAAAGGGACGAGACCAAGUUGCUGGUUUUCUUAUUACAUACGACAAACACUCAGUUUAUUCACUUCAAUUCAUGUACUAUGAGAAUGGUAGAUUAGUUUUAUCAAACAGACAUGGUGCUUCUGAUGAUGAAAAAAGAAACUACGCUACCGUUGUUUUUGAUUAUGCAUCAGAAUAUCUUACUUCGAUAAGUUGUUCAGUGAAACAUGGUCCAUUAAUGUUCAUGUCAUCUAUAAAAUUUGGAACAAACAAGGGUUCCUAUGGAUUAUUUGGGAGCCCUUCAACUGAUGGCAAUGAUAUUGACUUCAACUUAUCGAUAGGAAAUCGUUGUUUAUUUGGUGGUUUUCAUGGCAGUGAGAAUUGCCAUGGCGUUGGGAGUAUUGGGGUCUAUUUGAAGACAGAAAGCAAUGAUCAGGAUAAUAAAGCGUCGAAAAGGACGAAGAUUUAUUAA